AAAGCCAUACUCUUUGGCCCACAUGUGAAUUAAGUUUGUUUAUUUUUUGAAUUCAAUUAAAAGAGCACUUAAGUAAAAUGUUAAGGGUGACGCAGACCAAAAACAGCCUGCUCGAUGGCGCCUCCAUUGAGGAGGAGCUGUACACAACGCCGCAGGACGGCAAGGAUUUCUUUGAGAAUCUAGACAAACCGGCGAAGGAACCCACCAAAUUGGAGCCCAGAAACACCUUCAUUCGGGCCGGCGUUCUGACCACUGUGAGGGGUUCCGCGUACAUGGAGUACGGAAACACCAAGGUCCUGGCCAUUGUGGCCCCGCCAAAGGAGCUAAUCCGCGCCAGCGCCAGGCGGAUGAACAUGGGCGUGCUCAAUUGCUAUGUGAACUUUGCGGCCUUCGCCACCGGGGAUCUGGAAUCGGUGCCGGAACGGGAGCGCCACCUGGGCAGCAUGCUGACCAAGGCCAUGGAGCCUGUUGUCUGCCGGACUGAGUUCCUCAAUUUCCAGCUGGACAUCCGGGUGCUCAUUCUGGACGAUGAUGGUUGCCUGCUCAGCACGGCCAUCAACUGCUGCGGCGUGGCCCUGGUGGAGUGCGGCAUAUCCACAUACGACUUAAUCACAGCCUCCACGGCCUGUAUCUACCGGGAUCACGUCUUUCUCAACCCCAGCGCGAAGGUGGAGGAGCUGCUGCUGAAGCAUCGCGGCAACACCAACAUAACCAGCCCCUCGUCCGUUCAGGAGCAUGGUCUGAUCACCACUGCCAGCAUGGACACCUUCGAACAGAUCGCCCAGUGCCAGCAGUGUGGAUAUCUGACUCCAGACACCUACGUAAAGCUACUGGACUACACGUUGGCCAUCAACAAGGCACUGCGACAACUGGUCAGAGGUGUCCUGACCAAGCGGGUCAAGGAGCAGCACGAACUGGAUCUGCGCGAUAAGGCCGAGAGUGCUCUGGAAGAUCAGCGUCUGGGGGAAAUCAUCGACAAGCUAAAGACGCCAGGAUUGGACGAGUUUAUACAGACCAACAUCAAGGAAGAUCCCUACGUUAAGAGGCAGUAAUGAAUUAUAAAUAAAACAUGUUUAACCAAA